AUGCUAGAUGAGGCUACCUCAUCGGUCGACCGAGCAACAGAUUCACAAAUCCAGGAGGCGCUGCGAGCACAGUUUGACCGGGAUUCCUUGACUCUGCUUGUCAUUGCGCACCGUCUCAGUACCAUAGCUGAUUUUGAUCGCAUCCUGGUUCUGGACAACGGAACGGCGGUAGAAUUCGGUCAUCCACGCGAGUUGAUGAAUAUCCAGAACGGGGUUUUUCGGGGUAUGGUCGAUGAAGAUACGGAGAGGGAGAAGUUACUUGAAGUUAUCUAUAGCUAG